UCAUAACCUAAAAGUAAAACAAGCUAAUCUAUGCAAGCUAAUAACAAACAACCAACAGAAACAAAUUGUUUAGUUUCGGUUCUUUUACUUCUUUUCAUAGUCGAUUGGGUAUUUUGAGGUUGCCGGACUUGUUUCUAGUAGUUAUUCACCCUUUUCCUUAAUAAAAAGUCUGAAAGGAUAUCACAAAAAUGGGCGAUGAAGUAGAAUCCGGUUCCAAUACAUCUGAAAAUUGCGGAUCCAACUCCAAUCAGGAUGAACUUAUUAUGGCGCAACAGCGGCAAAUUGAAAGAGAGAUAUCAGAAUCAAUUCCUUUAGUAGGAGAAUUGAGUCCAAUAAUUUCACUAAACUCAGAAUACUCCACUGAUGACAUUUAUUUGGCAAAGAUUAAGGACUUAGCAACAAAAUACACCUCCAUCAGGAGAACACGGCCAGACGGUAACUGUUUCUUUAGAGCGUUUAGCUAUGCAAUAUUGGAACGGUUAUUGGGCAAUAAAGAGGAGUUUAACAGAUUUUAUAAAUUAGCAGAGGACAGCAAAAAUGUUUUGGUGGAAUUGGGAUUUCAGCAGUUCACAGUUGAAGAUUUCUAUGAGACUUACAUGGAAGUGCUGAAAAGGCUUAUAGAUAUAGAUGACGAAGAUGAGGCCAAAAGGGAACUCCACAAUGUGUUCAAUGAGCAGGGAUACUCUGAUUAUAUGGUAGUCUACCUCCGACUAUUGACUAGUGCUCAAUUACAAAAGGAACAAGAUUUCUAUAGUUGUUUUAUUGAAGGAGACAGAACGGUAGCAGACUUCUGUCAUCAGGAAGUGGAGCCGAUGUACAAAGACAGCGACCACAUCCACAUAAUGGCCGCCUGUGCGGCAUUAAAGACGGGCGUGCGCGUUUCUUACAUGGACCGGGGCACAGGGAGCGUCGUCACUCAGCACGACCUGCCCGAGGGCUGCACCCCCACUGUUCAUUUGCUCUACCGUCCCAGUCACUAUGACAUCCUUUACAUUUAAAAACUGACUACUCACUUCCGACUACUUCUUCAAUUUUUUUUCUCAUUGUAUCUGUUUUAUUCGUAAGUCGUUAAAUAAAUUUUAGGUAUAUA